AUGGAAAACAAAAAAGAAUCUUUACCAACUUCUCAAGAAUUUUCAAAUGAGUUUAUAAAAUUCAUGACGUCAACCGCGACUAACGAAUAUUCGCCAAAGAUGCUGCCAUCGCCGUCACCGGAACUGAAUGCUAGCCGUUUAAAAUUGGAAAAAGAAAAAUAUUUAGAACAAUUUGAAAGAAGUAACGGAUUUGAAUUCUGUAGAGACGUGAAUCAAUACCAACCAUUGGUGAAGAUUGGCAAAGGAAGCUACGGUGAAGUGUUCAAAGCACAAGAUAAAAAUGAUCCUAAUGUUAUGGUGGCUGUAAAAAAAAUGAUUAUGCUACGUGAAGAAGAAGGAUUUCCGGUGACAUCUUUAAGAGAAGUUCGCAUAUUAAAACAAUUAAAUCAUAAUAAUGUGAUAAAAUUAAUAGAAAUUUGUCAUAAUAAAGAAAAUAAACAUAGGUCAACAUUUUUUUUGGUCUUUGAAUUUUGUGAACAUGAUCUAGCUGGUUUAAUAGCUAAUAAAGAAAUUAAAUUUGAGCUAGCUGAUAUAAAACAAUUCAUGAAACAAUUGCUCAAUGGUCUCUUCUAUAUACAUCUAAAUAAGAUUUUACAUCGAGAUAUAAAAUCUUCAAAUAUAUUAGUUACUAAAACAGGAAUUCUGAAAUUAGCAGAUUUUGGUCUAUCUCGUGCAUUUAGUAUACCAACGAUAGAUAAACCAAACAAAUAUACUAAUGGAGUUGUAACACUAUGGUAUCGUCCUCCUGAGUUACUGCUUGGUGAACGUAAUUAUGGUCCAGCGAUAGAUAUGUGGGGAGCAGGCUGCAUUAUGGCUGAAUUUUUUACUGGAUUUCCCGUUAUGCAGGGUUCUUCAGAAAUAAGUCAAUUAAUGUUGAUAUCAUCAUUAUGUGGGUCAAUAACGCCAGAAGUAUGGCCUAAUGUUGUUAAUCUCGAUGUAUACAAAAAAAUUGUGCUUCCAAAACAAAAUAAAAGAAAAAUACAUACACAUUUUAUACACCAUACUUCUAGCAGUUUGGGAUGUGAUUUGAUUGACCAUUUAUUAAUGCUCGAUCCAGAAAAGAGAUACGACGCCAACACAGCUUUAAAUCAUGAUUUUUUUUGGAAAGAUCCCAUGCCCAGUGAUUUAUCUAAAGUCAUGUCACAAAUAAAAAAUAAUUGCCAUGAAUACAAUGUAGUGCAAAAACGAAAAUUUCAAAAGAACGAACAAAUUGUAAAAUGUGCAAAACCAAAAGGAGUUAUUAAUAAUGGUGCUUCAACUUCUGGAUUUCACGAACACAUUUACUAAAGAAUAUGGUGUAUAGCUGCAUAAUCCUACAGUGAUUUUAUAUAGGUACUUUUCG